AAUAGUCUACAAAAUGGAUUUAUGUGGAUUCCAUGGAUUAUUGUUCUACAUCGCAGUCCAGGUUCCGGUAUACUACAUGGUCCCGUUGUUCUAAAAUGAAGUUUGAAAGUCUAGUACGUAUUUCUAUAGGGGAAUUGCGCGAUUCUUUACUCCAGUUAAGGAUACAACGACGAUGUAUGUCUAGCAACCUGGCAGAAACACCUAUACAUUACCAGGAGCCAAAGCAACUGUUGAAGACAGUAGUUAGAGGAUCAAAAACACGCAAUGUGAAUAGCAAUUUCUGGCGAAGAUGCGCUAAUGCAGUUGUUUAUCACAUUGAUAGCUACAGCACCCCCGAUCUUGUACAAAUCAUCAAGGCGUUUGCCCACGCAAGCCAUAGCGACAAGUCAUUCUAUAACAGUGUAGCCAACAGGAUCAUCUCACUAAAAGACGAAUGGCACGUUGGAGAUCUUCCCCAGGUGUUGUAUGAAUAUUGUAUAUCUAAUAUGUAUCAUGGAGAACUGUUCAAAAUUGGAUUGAAGAUGAUAAUAAACAAUAUAGAGCACAUAUCCCCCGAAGGCAUAUCGCAGACUAUGUCCAGCUUGGUUUGUCACGAGGUGGAAACUUCAUUAGUCGACUGUCUAGUAAAACCGAUUUUCAAGAACGUAUCGCAAUUUUCUACUAAUAAUUUGGUACAUAUACUCAAGGCAAUUGACUGUAUGCAAUACAAAAAUGAAGCUUUGUUGCAACUGCUUGCCCACCACUUUAAUGGGCAAAGGGUUGAGCCUAGUUUCAGUGUUUUGAAGGCUUUUGAUGGACUCGGUUAUGUAGAUGCAAACGUAGUUGACAUAGUCCAUAAGUUCAUCUCUACAAGAAGCCAUUUCAUGGACAUGAGCAAUGUGCCGGAAUUGGUAAGAGUAAUAGUGAAUAUUCACCUAAAGCGUCCAUUGGAUAUGAAUUGUUUUAAUAGUAUCAUCCGACUAGUAACACGUAAUAGUGAUUCUGCAUCGGUACACAUGGUAUUCGGGGUAAAAUACGCUAUGGAUACCGUUGGGGUCCAGGAUGUGUAUUUGGACAACUUAUAUGAUCACUUAAGGAGCAAUCACAUACAUCAAAUGUCACUGAGUGAUAAAUUAGACGUCCUACGGAAGUCAGUGGGUUUUCCCCUGGAACUGGUGUACCUUUACGAUGCCAUCAUGGAGUCCAUAGAUACUGGAAUAGGGCGCUCUAGAAAGGAUAUUUUACCAAGCACUAUAGAUUUGAUUGAAGUUAUGCAUUGGUUUAACAAAUUGGGGUACAUCAAGGGGUUAGCAAAGCUCAUGGUGCUGAUCCAGAGAAGUGGGAUACAUAUAGAAGGGCCUGAGGCAAUUAAAUGCCAUGAGAUUAUAUCAAGGUAUUUAAAGCCAUGUGAUAUGUUUAACAAGGCUUUAGAGGGGAAUGUAUCUGAAGAGCGAUACAGAUACUCUAGGUCCGUUCUUGCUAAUACAGAUCAGCUGUGCUCUGAGACAAGAGAUGCUUCUUCAAAUGUGGAAUCUGGUGGCAUGUCAUUGGUCACACGCCCACCACUCUCUAGAGAUAUUGGAAACAAUGGAUUACCUGGACGUCAUUCCUUGAACAACGUAGCAUUAGGGACGGAUUGUGCUUCCCACAAUCGUGGCACGAACAAUGCCGCAGUUACAUAUCGCAAUAUUGCCAUGACGAUGGACUACUUUAAAAGUGUUUCUAAGAAAGAAGCAGAUGACAUAAAUGAAGCAUACCAUAAACUGACAUUGCGUGUCAACAAUUGCGACUCGAUGAGUUUAGCACUAGGAAUAUGUCAUGCUGAGUCAUUGGAUUAUGUCAUCUACCUGGCGAAUAAAUUGGAGCUGUGUUCUACUAUUGACUCCGAAGUUAUACCGGCUAUGAUGCGCAAUGUUGUUGUGUUGUCCCAUGGUAAUCGACAGCACUGUAAAAGGAUAUAUGAACUCCAAGAAUGGUGUAUUAACAACGUUGAUAUUGCCAGCCUGUCUGCCGAAAGCUUCGCAACUUUAUCAUCGGUUGUGACAUAUAUCUCAAACCCGAGCUUGUCUAGUAUAGUACCAGCCAUGAUCCAGCAUUUUGUGGAAUCGUAUCCAGUGGAACACCCACAGUUCAGCAGUACUGCAUUAAAAUUGCUAAAGGUAUGCACCUUCCAUCCCAAAGUAGAUCACAAGGCAUUAUGCCGACAUGUUUGCAUGAACGUUGGGAAUAUUAAUCCGCAUAAGAUCGAUAAACUUCUGGAGUACUACCUGGAACUAGGAUGCAACGAACAAGCAUACAUAGUAUUAAUAGAAGGAGCGCUAGAAGAUGCAAUUGUAAUAGAUUCAAAUAUGACACGAGUGUCAAGAUUAGAGUAUUUGGGAGAGAAGCUAGGUCUAAAAUGUAACACAGUUACAUACUCGAACCCCUGAUCCU